CGUAUAGUGAAGUGAAGCGGUCAUAGCAGAUUUUCACAUUUCUUUUUGUAUGACAUUGACAUUAAAGUUUUUGACAUUUGCCUUUUUCAUGUCUGGUGGUCUUGUUUCAGGACGUUUUGCCGAAUAAAAUCUCAAAAUGUCGCUGGUGAUCCCAGAUAAGUUUCAACACAUUCUCCGUAUAAUGAAUACGAAUAUUGAUGGCAAACGAAAAGUUAUGUUUGCUAUGACAGCUAUCAAGGGUGUUGGUCGCAGAUAUUCCAACAUAGUGUUGAAGAAAGCUGACAUCGACCUGGACAAACGGGCUGGCGAAUGCACCGAAGAGGAGGUGGAAAAAAUUAUUACCAUCAUGUCAAACCCAAGGCAGUACAAAAUCCCUGAUUGGUUCCUCAAUAGACAAAAGGAUAUUGUUGACGGAAAAUACAGCCAGCUAACCUCCUCCAACUUGGACUCCAAACUCCGUGAAGAUUUAGAAAGGUUGAAGAAGAUUCAUGCUCACAGAGGAAUGCGUCACUAUUGGGGCCUUCGUGUGCGUGGUCAGCAUACUAAGACAACUGGCAGAAGAGGAAGGACAGUUGGUGUAUCUAAGAAGAAGUAAUCUGUUAUAAUAAAACAUUCUUUUCUCCAA